CCCACUGUGUUAAGGGCACUGCUUCUACAGAGCAUAGUUGAGCAACAUGAAUUCUCUUCAAGUUUUCAAAGUCCUGGAAAGUUUUGAUAAGCAAAUACUGUCCAGGCUCUGCUUCUCCAUUGGUUGUUUCUUCACCGCCAGAUUUUGACACAAAUAAUCUGAUUGAAAAAUCAGGGAGGGGAACAGGGGCAAAAAACAGAAAGAAAAAAGGAGAAGUAUCUAUUUCAGAAGACAGCUACCAAGUGAAAAAGUGGAAGAAAGAGCCACAGAAAGAGAAAGAGAAGACCUCUUGCUGGGGGGUUUGUCUGGGGAGAUUUCAAGGCUGAGCUUGAUUCCUGCAAACCACAGUCCCCAAAACAGUGUUUCUGCCCAGGAAGUGCCUGGAAAAUGCCACGUUCUUUUUUGGUGAAGAGUAAGAAGGCCCAUACCUACCACCAGCACCACUCUGUGGAAGAGGAUCUGCCUGUUUCCACAUGGGAUCCCAUACCAUCACUCUGCCUUGCCCCAUGUGACAAGUCGUCAGAAGAAGUCAGGACCUUCAGCGCAGAGUUCAAAAGCAAGUACCCAGAAUGCCUUGUUCCAAAACAAGAGAAGGACCAUGCUGGACUGAAGGAAGAAGGUGCGCCUGCCCUGUAUCUGAACAGGACAUUGUCAGGGCCUCCAGCUCAAGGUUACAUUUCCCUCUGCGCUUCUGGGACAGACGUGUGUCAUGCCCGACAGCACGGCCAUAAAUUUCAGACUGAGACUAGAAACGUGUCAAACCCUCCUAACCAGACAGCCGUCCCAGCUCUGCAAGUGAAGGGCUGCAGCAAUUCCACAAGCACCCCCACCUUCUACAAGCCCAGUUUCUCUUGGGACGCCUUCCAUUCUCCAUACAGCUACAGGCAGAUGUCUUCCAGCAUGCAGUCAGCCCUCCUGGAGCGCUCAGUUAGUCUGUAUGGCAGCCACCUCCUGCCGAGCUCUGAGCCGCCUAUUGAUUACAGCAUGCGUUACUCACCGGACAUGGAGACGUACCACUGUGUGAAGUGCAACAAGGUAUUCUCCACCCCACAUGGGCUGGAGGUCCAUGUCCGAAGAUCUCACAGUGGGACGCGGCCCUUUGCUUGUGAUGUGUGCGGCAAAACCUUUGGACAUGCUGUGAGCCUGGAGCAGCACACGAACGUCCACUCCCAGGAGAGAAGCUUUGAGUGUAAGAUGUGUGGAAAGACUUUUAAACGCUCGUCCACAUUGUCCACCCACCUCCUGAUCCAUUCAGACACGCGGCCCUACCCCUGCCAGUACUGCGGCAAGCGCUUCCACCAGAAAUCGGACAUGAAGAAACACACCUACAUUCAUACCGGGGAGAAGCCCCACAAGUGCCAAGUGUGCGGCAAAGCCUUCAGCCAGAGCUCCAAUCUCAUCACCCACAGCCGCAAGCACACUGGCUUCAAGCCCUUCAGCUGUGAACUCUGCGCCAAGGGCUUCCAGCGCAAGGUGGACCUGCGGCGGCACAGGGAGACCCAGCACAGCUUGAAGUGAGAGCACACCCCCAGCUCUGUCUUGGAGCCCCGACUCCCAGAAACAUGGAAUCCCACCAAUAUUCUGGCCUCGUCUCUCCCUCUGCUUGGCUUGGGGCACCUACUUUGUUAAAUGCUUAUCUCUGCCCGGAUUCCCUGCGGGACUGGCGCAGCAACAUCAUCUUCCCUGCAUCCGACGAAGUGGGCAUUCACCCACGAAAGCUUAUGCUCCAAUACAUUUGUUAAUCUUAAAGGUG